AUGGCAUCAUCCAUUAUCUUCGUGACCUUAGCUUUAGUUGCAGCAUUUGUUCCUGCAUCAGUGAUGGGCACUGAUUUCAUGGUUGGAGAUGACAAAGGCUGGACCCUCGACUUCGACUUCCAAACCUGGGCCGAGGGGAAGCAGUUCUACGUCGGUGACAAUCUUGUUUUCAAGUAUUCGGGGGGCGCCCACAAUGUCCUGAAAGUCAACGGGACCGGUUUCCAGCAGUGUGCGGCGCCGGCGGGCACCGUGGCUCUGACCACCGGGAACGACGUCAUUCCCCUGUUGACCCCUGGAAGAAAGUGGUACAUCUGCGGCGUCGCCAAGCAUUGUGCGGCCCGCAACAUGAAGCUCGCCAUAACCGUGCUGCCCAAAACGGUGUCGCCUGCGCCCGCACCCACAACACCCGAAGUCUCAGCUGCUGGAGGAACCGUCGCGCCUGGAUAUUACGCAUUGAUCAUGGCCAUCGUCGGCGUUGUUGCAAUUGUCAUCGUUUGA